AUGGAUCCGAAGAAGGAAGCAGGUGCCACGGCAAACGAGGUCUUGGUGAACAGUGAUGAGCGAACAAGUGUGUCGAGCAAAGACAAGACAAUCCCAUGGCGGAUCAAGAUUUUGGCCGUCGUGCUCGUCAGUCUGAUUGGAUUCGGAUCGCACUGGAGCAGCGGCGUCACCGGAGCCAUGAAGAGCACCAUUAAGAAGAAACUGCAUAUCAACAACGCCCAAUAUGCUGUUUUGGAAGCAAGCGAAGAUUUAAUGAAGACUGCUCUGAUUCUCGUGAGUGGCGUUGUGACGGACCGCAUCGGCGGCGCAAGUGCAAUGCUUUGGGGAAAUGCCAUCUACAGCGUCGGCGCAAUCUUGAUAGCUGCCGCUACAACCGUUCGCAGCUAUAAAUUCAUGAUUUUCGGCGUCAUUGUCCAGGCCUUGGGAGACAUUGCUACCCAGGUGGCCCAGUACAAAGUCUUCUCCUCCUGGUUCGCACCAUCGAAUGGAUUCGCUUCCACGCUGGGUUUUGAGCUCGGGCUGGGCAAGAUUGGUGGGUUUGUGGGAAAAGCCACGGCGAACGUGAUUGCCGUCAAGACGGGAGACUUCAAGUGGGUGUAUUGGUGCGCGGUUUUCAUGAACCUGUUUACCAAUGCCGCAACCCUUGUAUUUUGGCAGUUUACCCGCUGGUGUGAGAGGCACUAUGCCGGGACGAAGGAUCCUGCAACGGGAGAGAGGCUAACCGAGCGCAAUAAAAAGUUUGAGUGGUCCAAGAUGCUGCGGCUGCCUUGGCCCUUUUGGCUAGUUGCUGCAUUCACUCUGUUCCAGACAUCGACGGCGUCUGUAUUUACCCAGAAUGCUACCGAACUCGCUGAGCAGCGGUUCAAAGUGUCGGCCGAAACGGCGGGAUGGUACUCGGCCAUGUCUCAGUAUCUUGGCUUCUUCUUGGUCCCCGUGUUGGGUGUCUUCAUCGACGUCUUUGGCCACCGAGUUACCAUCAUGACGGUUUGCGGCGCUGGCAUGCUGCUGUCCAUGUGCCUGGCAGCAUGGGGUCCGACUGUCACGGGAACAGCGGCUAGUUUUGGUGUAUAUGCCUUUGCCUCGUCAUUGGGCCCAACAGUCAUCAUUGACAGCAUACGGACAACCAUGUUCUACCAGGAAGUUUUCGGGUCGGGUUACGCCAUCAAGAACGCCAUCAACAACAGCAUGAACAUCAUAAUCAGGGUUCUCACGGGUGUUAUUCAGGAUCAAGACCACAAUAGCUAUGACAGAGUCGUCAUUGUCUACGUAUUCUUGUCAGCAGGCUCCGUAGUUGUCGGGCUCAUCAUGCUCGUUUGGGCCUACUUUGAUAUUAUUCUCGGUCGACUGCAAUGGACGAGAAAGCAACGGUUGACAAAGGGACACUUGAUAAACAAGAGAAAAGAGGACUUUGAAAACAAUGAAUAUGCGGAGAGAAAUGGCAGAGUAAGCAUGACUUGUUUCGGAGCAGUGAUUCUCAUGAUAUUGGGUGCUUGGGCGGCAUAUUUUUGGGGAGUCGCCACGGGCAACAAUAAGUAG